CAGGUCAGCAUCAAAGAUCUCCAAGGGGAAAUGGAAGCGUAGCUGUGCAGCAAGCUGGACUCGCACAAUUAUCAAAGAUGAAGGUGAAAAGGUGAUGGUCUUUGGAUUUUUUUGGAUCAUUCUGUGACAGGUUUUUUUUUUGAGGACCGAGUGCGUCUUCAAAAUGUACCUGUCACAGAGUGAUCCAACAAAAUCCAAAGACCAUCACCAAGUGGCAGAAUUUUUGCCUUGAUGCAGUGAUGCCGAAUGAAAUGCCAAAUAAAAUGCCGAUUGUGUCACUGGCAUUCCAGCUAUGGAUGAAUGUGUUGCUCUUGAAAUGUGGCUCGGUGAGGUUCGCAAACGAACUUUCACCUGGCUGUAGUCUCAUCCUCCAAGUUUAACAUCUUGGGAUGUCAGCAUAUGGCAAGCCAAAAUGAGGAAUGUACGAAAUCAUGUAUUCUUGGGGGAGUCACAAUUUUCAGCCAAACAAGAGAUCAACGAGUCAAUACCGCGCGUUCCCAAACACGUGUGCUGACUUUCUCGGUGUGGGUGAAAGGUGCAAGCCCAGAGGACAAGGGAAGGACAAAGAUCAUGAAGAUCCAAGAUCCCAACGCGGCUUUGAAUUUGACAGCACUAGGAGUGCAGGGGGAAAUUGAGAUCCUGUGUCUUUGCUGCCACACCAUCAGGGACUUGAAUGGCAGCAAAGUGUCACGACAUGGCCACGAAAAUCCUGCUACCAGGGAAGGCACAGACUCGAAGAUCCAUAAAGAUCCUAUAGUCUACAGACAAACUAUGCAAGAUCAGCUGCAGCAUUGUUCAGGAACAUCAAGCGCCGGAGGCAUGACCUCCAGAAAGGACAGCUGCCGCUGGGAUCAGCUGGAGCUGUGA